UUUCCCACCAAAAUCCGUUUUGUACUUCUAAUCACUUAUCUCAGCACUUCUUCAGUGUUCACUUCCAACUAACUCUCUCUUCCGCCAUGAAAACACUCUCUAUUCUCCUCAAAACCUUCAAUUUUUCCUCACAUUCUCUUUCCUCAACCCCGCUCUCCCUCCUCCACCGCCGCCACUUCUCCUCCCUCCCUCUAUCUCAUCCAAUCUACACAAUCUGGGCCGCCAACACUAACCUCGGCAAAACCCUAAUUUCUGCCGGAAUUGCCUCUUCUGUCCUCGAAUCCCCAAACCCCUCCCAAUUCAACUACAUUAAGCCGGUUCAAACUGGAUUCCCUUCCGACUCCGACUCCCGCUUCGUCUUCACCAAGGUCUCCGAUCUCUUCCUUCGCCGCCGCGCUGAUUUCUCUCUCAUUGCGUCGAACCAUGUUGUCAAGGUGUCCGAUGCUGCUUCGAAGGAGGUUUUGGGGAAGUACGAGGAGAAAAAGGUGGGAGGAGAUGGGAAUUUGGGGGAAAAGAGGUUAAUUUGUAGGACAUUGUGUGCAUGGAAGGAGGCGGUUUCGCCGCAUUUGGCGGUGGAGAGAGAAGGUGGUAGUGUGGAGGAUGAGGAGCUGUUGGAGAUGGUGGAGAAGUGUUUGUGGAUGGGUGUGGAGGGUGAAGAGAAGGGUGAUUGUUGGAGUUUGAUUGAGACUGCUGGUGGUGUUGCUAGUCCUGGCCCUUCUGGAACUCUUCAGUGUGACCUCUACAGGCCUUUCCGCAUACCUGCAAUACUUGUCGGAGAUGGAAGGCUAGGAGGUAUUUCUGGAACAAUUUCUGCAUAUGAAACUUUAAAACUUCGAGGCUAUGAUGUGGUAGCUGUUGUACUUGAAGAUCGUGGCCUUGCGAAUGAUGGUUCCUUGUUGUCUUAUUUACAGAAUGGCUUGCCAGUUCUUGUAUUGCCACCUGUUCCACAAGAUCUAUCAGAUGACCUGAUGGAAUGGUUUGAUGAAUCUCAUGAUGCAUUUGCUUCCCUUAAGCAAAUACUGCUGUCCUCUUUCACUGAGCGAGUAAAGAGAUUGCAUGACAUGCGAAAGAAGGCAGGAGAUAUCUUAUGGUGGCCAUUUACACAACAUCAGCUUGUACCCAAAGAAAAAGUCACAGUAAUAGAUUCCCGUUGCGGCGAAAACUUUGCAGUUCACAAGGUUGACUCUUGUGAUGUCAUAACUCAACAAUUUGAUGCUUGUGCUAGUUGGUGGACUCAAGGACCUACAUCUGCCUUACAGAUUGAAUUGGCUAGAGAUAUGGGUUAUGCUGCUGCAAGAUAUGGGCAUGUGAUGUUCCCUGAGAAUGUUUAUGAACCAGCAUUGGACUGUGCAGAGCUUUUGCUGGAAGGAGUUGGAAAAGGAUGGGCAUCUCGGACUUUCUUUUCAGAUAAUGGAUCUACAGCAAUUGAAGUUGCUCUUAAGAUGGCAUUUCGUAAAUUCUUGUAUGACCAUGAAGCAACUGUGGAUAUUUCUGACCAGAAUUCUAAGAGAUCCAUAGAGUUUCGGGUACUGGCUCUCAAUGGAUCGUAUCAUGGUGACACUUUGGGUGCAAUGGAAGCACAAGCACCAUCAUCAUACACAGGCUUUCUCCAGCAACCAUGGUACAUAGGUAGAGGUCUCUUCAUGGAUCCACCAACUGUAUACAUGCAAUGUGGGAAUUGGAAUGUUGAGUUACCUAAUGAACUUUCUGAAGGACAUAAGCUGGAAGAUUUGACCUUUGGGUUCCGGGAUGAACUUUUCUCCAAGAGCAGGGAUUCGUCGGAUGUUUCUAGAAGUUAUGUAUCUUAUAUAUCAAAACAAUUAUCAGCAUUCUCCAGAAGCGAACAGAAUAAAUGGAUAGCAGCUCUAAUAAUUGAACCAGUUAUACAUGGUGCAGGAGGUAUGCAUAUGGUUGAUCCACUUUUUCAACGCAUCCUUGUCAGAGAGUGUCAAAAACAAAAAAUUCCAGUCAUUUUUGAUGAAGUUUUCACAGGAUUUUGGCGAUUGGGAGUAGAGUCUGCAGCAGAGCUACUCCAUUGCUCACCUGAUAUAGCCUGCUAUGCGAAGUUGUUGACUGGUGGGAUUAUACCCUUAGCAGCCACAUUAGCAACAGAAGCUGUUUUCGAUACAUUUGUGAGCGACUCAAAGCUAAAAGCACUUUUGCAUGGCCACUCUUAUUCUGCGCACGCUAUGGGGUGUACAGCUGCUACUAAAUCUAUUAAGAAUUACAAAGAUCAAAAGAAAAAUCCUAAUUUGACACCCAAUGGAAGGGCACUCAAAGAGAUAUGGGAUACAGAACUUGUUAAUAAAAUCUCAAUGCAUCCACAAAUCAAAAGAUUGAUGGUGUUGGGCACAGUUUUUGCGGUCGAGCUCCAAACUCAUGGUUCUAACGCUGGAUAUGCAUCUACUAUAGCUACAUCUAUAAUUCAAAAGCUUCGUGAAGAUGGCAUAUACGCGAGGCCAUUGGGGAAUGUUAUUUAUUUGAUGUGUGGUCCUUGCUCUUCUCCUCGUACCUGUAGCGAAUUGCUUGCGAAAUUGCACCAUAGAAUUGACGAAUUUCACAAGAAUAACUUAUCUUCAAUUCCGUAAGAUUUUGGUUGUUUUACCACCAAAUUUUUGGUAGAGUUAUUUUCGUUAGAGAUGAUUAAGCAUGACGAGGUGGCAUAAUUUUUAAAAUUACUUUUGUAAGUUGUUAAUUAUCUAAUACUAUUACCGUUUUUAUUAACUCUUGCGAACUAUGUAAUGAAUGAUCUAUGGAGUAUUACUAUGAUCCACAGUGUAAUUCUCCAUUCAUUGGUGUAUGUUUGUCUAUGUGUUUGAUGUAA